AUGUCCACAGAGCCUGCGUUCAAGGAAAUCGCCCGUCAAAAGCUCGCACAGCUUGAUUCCAAAAUCCCAAAGGAAUGGCGGCUUCCAGUGCACUGGAUUCCUGCAGGGAUGCAUUCCCCCGAGGAAUCCGUGACAAACACCAAGUACGAUGCCGUUAAUGUGAUGGAUAUCCCGCGUCGAUGUGGACUGCUGAGCGCGAAGCAGUUGGAGAUCACGGAAGGUUGGGACAUCAAGGGGCUGUUGGGCGAAGUAGCAUCGGGCAGAUUGACAGUGACCGAGGUGUGCGAGGCGUUUUGCAAGCGUGCAGCCAUUGCCCACCAGCUCACUCGGUGCCUCGCAGAGCCCCUUUUCGAUAGCGCUCUCAAGCGUGCCUCCUUUCUUGAUACUCAUUUCCAACGAACGGGGAAACUGUAUGGCCCGUUGCACGGCCUCGUACUUUCAAUCAAGGAUACAUUCGACGUCCAGGGCGUUGAUUCCACUACCGGCUUAGCAAGCCUUGCGUUCAAGCCGGCGAAGGAAAAUGCGCCCCUGGUGAACCUUUUACACGCGUUGGGCGCGGUCAUCAUUGCAAAGACCAACGUUCCCCAAACGGUGGCCGCCUUGGAUAGUGUCAACAAUCUAUUUGGCCGCACUCUCAACCCAUUGAACCGUAAACUUACACCAGGAGGUAGCUCAGGUGGCGAGGGCGCACUUGUUGCCAUGCGAGGCUCGAUGAUUGGCAUUGGCACUGACAUUGGCGGCAGUAUUCGUAUCCCAGCAAUGUGCAACGGGGUAUAUGGAUUCAAGCCAAGUGUCGGACGAGUUCCUUUUGGUGGGCAAGAUAGCGCGAGCGUGCCGGGGAGAGGCAGGACGUCUAUUCAAGCUUGUGCCGGGCCAAUUGCACGAUCCAUGUCCGACAUCGACGCCCUGAUGAAGGAAAUCGUCCCUCGAUCCGAACUCUGGGGCACUGAUUGUAUCCCUGGCCGAUGGGCAAGCGAAACCCCUGUUUUGGCAGAAGACGCUCCACGGAAGUUUACUAUUGGAAUCCUGCAUUCGGAUGGCCGCAUUCCCCCUCUUCCCCCGAUCGCCAAAUUACUCAACGAAGUUGCCCGGAAGCUCCAUGGCUUUGAGGGCGUCGAGGUUGUUGAGGUCCCGGUCCCCAAAGCACUGGGGGAUUGCCAAAGUUUGGCCAAUGCUUUAAUGUCUGUUGACGGUGGGCAUCGUAUGAUGGACCUCCUGGAGAGUACCGGUGAAACUCUCAUUCCCUGGCUCCAGGGCAAAACCAAACGAGGGGAACCGAAGUCACUGGGACAACUGUUUGAGCUUCAGGCAAGGAGAACCGAGAUAGAGCGUGCCAUGAUGCAGAUGUGGACAGUGGGAUCAAAUCCGUCGAGGAAAAUCGACGCAAUCAUCCAUCCAGUGGCUCCGCACCCGGUCCCGGAGCUGGAUCGCUACAAUGCUGUUGGAUACACCUCGAGUUGGGUUCUCUUGGAUUAUCCUGCUGGCUCGAUGCCUGUGCGAAAUUUCACCGAGGCAGACCUUGAGCUGGGUGAAGAGAUGGGCUCCAAGGUCCUGACAAGCUGGGAUAAGCGGAAUAGAGAAUUGUGGAGUUCCAAUACCGUGGACAGACGGGUUUACCUGGAUUCACCACUUAGCAUUCAGGUCCUCACACCUAAGUUACACGAUUACGACUUGUACCAUGCGAUGGAUCUAAUCGAUCGGGCGUUGAAUCAGUCGAAAUCGACUCCGGCAAAGUUGUAA